UAGCCAACUUCAUUAUGAUUCCUAUUUUUCUAAUUUGCCCCUAAGUUUAUAUUCUUUAAAACUUUUGUACAAUGGAACGUGAAAUUAAUAAAAGUGAUUCAUUAACGAUGGCAAAUUGGGAAGAAAAGAAAUCGCUCAUCACUCGUAACCUGCAAGAAGUGUUAGGUGAUGAUAAGCUAACAGAUAUUUUAAAGCAGAGGGAUCUUAAAAUAUAUUGGGGAACUGCUACGACCGGCCGACCUCAUGUAGCCUAUUUUGUACCUAUGUCAAAGAUUGCAGAUUUUUUGAAAGCAGGUUGUGAGGUAACUAUACUUUUUGCUGACUUACAUGCUUAUUUGGAUAAUAUGAAGGCUCCAUGGGAAUUAUUGGCACUUCGGACUCAAUAUUAUGAAGCUGCUAUUAAAGCUAUGUUGCAGUCUAUCGGUGUUCCCUUAGAGAAACUCAAGUUUGUGAGAGGUACAGAAUAUCAACUCAGCAAAGAAUAUACAUUAGAUGUUUAUCGAUUGUCUUCUGUCAUCACUGAACAUGAUGCAAAGAAAGCAGGUGCUGAAGUUGUGAAGCAAGUAGAUCAUCCAUUGUUAAGUGGGUUGUUAUACCCUGGAUUACAAGCACUAGACGAGGAAUAUCUUAAAGUAGAUGCCCAGUUCGGAGGUGUAGAUCAAAGAAAAAUAUUUACAAUGGCUGAAAAAUAUCUCCCUCAGCUUGGAUAUGCCAAGCGGGUGCAUUUGAUGAACCCUAUGGUUCCUGGGUUGACUGGAGCAAAAAUGUCUUCUUCAGAAGAGGACAGCAAAAUUGAUCUUUUAGAUAACCCUGCUAGUGUCAAGAAGAAGCUAAAACGAGCAUUCUGUGAACCUGGUAAUAUCACAGAUAAUGGAGUUUUGUCUUUUAUAAAAUAUGUUAUAUUUCCAUUAAUGAAGCCUGAAGAAACAUUUAAAAUAAUAAGAGCUGCUGAGCAUGGUGGUAAUGUUGAAUUUACUGACUUUGAUAGUUUAGAAACUGCUUUUGCUAAGCAGGAGAUCCACCCUGGAGACUUAAAAUUAUCUGUAGAACUAUGUAUGAAUAAGCUUCUUGCUCCCAUUCAAGAGAUAUUCAAGAAUCCAAAGCUCCAAGAAUUGACCAAAAAGGCAUAUCCACCUCCAGUUAAAACAAAAGGAAAUAUUAAUGCAGUAAGUGAUGAAAUAACACCAGCAAAAUUGGAUAUUAGAGUUGGGAAAAUCAUAGAAGUGUCAAGGCAUCCUGAUGCUGAUGCUUUGUAUGUGGAAAAGAUUGAUUUGGGUGAAGAAGAACCAAGAACUGUAGUUUCAGGUUUGGUAAAUUUUGUUACUAUAGAAGAGAUGCAAAAUAGGGAUGUUGUUGUAUUAUGUAAUUUAAAAUCAGCAAAAAUGCGCGGUAUUGAAUCUAAAGGUAUGGUCCUGUGUGCCUCAGUUGAUGAGCCUAAGCAAGUUGAGCCACUAUUACCACCAGAGGGCAGUAAGCCAGGCGACAGGAUUGUAGUGGAAGGCUAUGAAAUAGGAGAUCCAGAUGAUGUCCUGAACCCCAAAAAGAAAAUAUGGGAAAAAUUACAAGUAGAUUUAAAAACAAAUGAUAACUUAUUAGCAGUUUGGCAAGGAAACAAAUUAUUGAGUAAAGUUAAUGGAAAUGCUGUUUCUACUAAAUCUAUGAAAAAUGCUCCAAUUAAAUAAUUUUUGGCAUGCUGACUAUAACAUAAUUUCAAAUUGCAUUUGUGCGUAUUUACUUAAACUUUUGCCUAAAGACUUUGUAUUUGCAAGAUUUGCA